AUGUUGAACAACUACAUAAAUUUUUAUAUGUCAUUUGCUGGCUUUGCUCUAACCAUAUUUCAUUUGACAGUUCUAACCCAAAAGUCUAUGAGAACAACUUCAGUGUUCUCAAUUAUGAUUUCCAUUGCAUUGUGUGACUUGGUGUUCAUGAUGGUAUCAAUUCUAGUGAAAGACAUAAUUGCAGGAUAUGAUGGAACUGAUUGCACUCCCUCAAAUAGUCUUUUCACUGCACACCUGUAUUGGGUUCUUGUGACAUUUAGAGACGUCGUAAUACGGUGCGCCACAUGGCUAACAGUUUUUAUGGCAUUGAUUCGAUUUCUGGUAUCCAAGUUUUCAUCGAGUCUACGACUUCAAGCAAUGUCCAGCUUUAAGUUUGGUACGAAUGGAGCGAUUAUCUGUUUUUCCGCCAGUUUGAUGUUUUCUUGUGGCUACUACACGAGUGUUAAGAUUGUUGAAACUCGCAUUUGGGCACCUGCUCCAAGUUGUUCCAACCAGGCUUCAUAUCCAUUCUAUGAGCAGAAAGUUUCUGACUUCUUUGCUUUGAAUCAUGAAACACCACAAGAAUUUAUCAACUUAUAAACGGUAUUUCCUCGAAGAUUCUUCCCUGCAUUCUUCUCCCAUUGCUCACAGCUCUUUUAAUUGUAGAACUUUAAAAAGCAGACAAAAGUAGAGUUACAUCUAUUAGAACUCAGAAGAACAAAACUGAAAAGACCACGAUUUUAGUCAUAAUCAUGACAUGCCUAAUAUUUGUAGCCUCACUACCAGGUGGUCUUGUUUCAGUAUUUCAAGUUGUGUACACCGACUUGGGAUUUUUCUACUUAUCAAUGAACAUUGACGGAGCACUAUACACACUUCUUCUUUUUAAUGCAUCUGUAAAUUGUUUUAUAUGCUACGCAAUGUCAACUCAAUACCGAACAACGACGAAACAUGUACUCAGUAAAAUAUAUCACUUCAAAGUGCUUGGCAGACCCAGAACGGUCAGCGCUGAGUUUUAA